AUGACUUCUCAAUCGGGCUCUGAUGGGGCUUUUCGCCAGUAUCUUCCCGACCUAAACCAGCCGCGCUUUCAGAAUAUGAAGAAGCAGGAUUCCUAUGAGUAUGCUGAGAUUUUUACGAGAGAGGGUCAACCGCCUUGGCUUCAUGGACUGUACUUGCACUGGCGUGACUUGUUUCAAGAGCCUUACAAGGGCAUCACAAAUGAUGGCGUCGUGAGGAACGGCCUGUUUGAGCUGCAAGAUGACGGUAUACCCAUCGACACCAUCGUCGAGGCCGCGAAUAACCUCUGCGCCAACCUCAGCCAGGACCAGAAGCUCAAAACAUGCUAUCACAUCGACAGUCCUGAAUGGCGCUCAUGGUCAAACCCCGAGUUUCUCCUCAGCGACAAAGGCAUCCGUCUCGAUGAACUCUCAAACGACCUAAGGUCAAAAACACUUAAAGUUCUGGCACUCACGCUCUCGCCAGAAGGUUACCAAAAAGCCCUCGGUGCCAUGCGCGUCAACCAUUUCCUAGGCGAACUUGUUGAGACACCCGCCAUCAUGAACGAGUUCUCCUACAAUUUUGUUCUUUUCGGUGAACCAUCGACAACUCGGCCUUGGGGGUAUUCAUUCUACGGACAUCAUCUGUGUCUGAAUAUCUUUUUGUACAAGACUCAGAUUGUGGUGUCGCCGUGGUUCACGGGCGCGGAGCCUAAUCUCAUCGACGAUGGCCCUUACAAGGGUACACGGAUCUUGGACAGAGAGGAGAGUCUUGGAUUGCGUCUCAUGCAGAGUCUUUCACCAGAGAAGCAAAAGGCAUCGCAAGUGUAUAAACUUAUGAAAGAUCCUGCUAUGCCUCAUGGACGAUGGAACCAUGAUGAUCAACGCCAUCUCUGCGGUGCUUACCGCGAUAACCGAAUCGUUCCAUACGAAGGAAUUCUUGUUUCGGACAUGUCAACUGAGCAGCAGGAUUACAUCCUCGGCAUCGCAAAUGAAUUCUUCCUUUACUUACCCGACAAAGCCAGAAAGCUGCGUGUGGAAUUGUUGAAGAAGUGGUUCCAUGAGACAUACUGGUGCUGGAUCGGAGGGUAUGGUGACAAUGAUCCGUUUUACUAUCGGAUCCAGAGUCCAGUUGUGAUAUUUGAGUUUGAUCACCAUUCGGGUGUUUUCUUGAAUAAUGAGGAACCUGCCAAGUUUCACAUUCAUACGCUCAUGAGGACACCGAAUGGAGGGGAUUAUGGUAUGGCGCUGAGGCCUUUAAUACCGGGUAUCAAGCAGGAGUUUCUUUGGGAGGGGUAG